AAGGAAAAAUAUUCGAAACACCAACAACGGAGGGUGUAGUACUGUUGCUAGAGUCUAACCUUAAUCGGGUAGCAAUAUAGUGAGUCUUAUAUUUCAUAGGUACAGGAUAAAACAGCUUCAGCAUGUCCGAACCACUGAAGAGUGUUUCCCAGAUCCAGUCAGAGAACAUAAUAGCGGAGAAGAAAAAAAAGGAUUCCAACCGUCUCUCAGUGGAGAGGAUCUACCAGAAGAAAACCCAGUUGGAGCACAUCCUCCUUCGUCCAGAUACCUAUAUAGGCUCAGUGGAGCCUGUCACGCAGCAAUUGUGGGUGUUCGAUGAAGAUGUUGGACUGAACUGUCGUGCUGUGACUUAUGUGCCAGGUCUCUACAAGAUCUUUGAUGAGAUCCUUGUAAAUGCUGCAGAUAACAAGCAGAGGGAUAAAUCAAUGACUUGCAUCAAGGUCACUCUAGACCCUGAGAACAACAUCAUCAGCGUGUGGAACAAUGGAAAGGGCAUCCCUGUGGUGCUGCACAAGGUCGAGAAAGUCUUUGUUCCUGCCCUCAUCUUUGGACAGCUACUCACUUCCAGUAACUAUGACGAUGACCAAAAGAAGGUCACUGGUGGGCGUAAUGGUUAUGGUGCUAAGUUGUGCAACAUCUUCAGCACCAAGUUCACUGUGGAGACUGCCUGCAAGGAAUCCAAGAAGUACUUUAAGCAGACAUGGUAUGACAACAUGGGCCGGACUGGGGAUUCUAAAAUCCAUCCCUUUGACGGGGAGGAGUACACCUGCAUAACCUUCCAGCCGGACCUGUCCAAGUUCAAGAUGCAGGUCCUGGACAAGGACACGGUGGCCCUCCUGACCCGCCGUGCCUAUGACAUCGCUGGCUCCUCCAAGGGGGUCCGUGUGUUCCUCAAUGGCAAGAGGCUUCCUGUGACCACUUUCCGUAACUACGUGGACAUGUACCUAAAGGACAAGGUAGAUGAGCAAGGCAGCCCCCUGACUGUGAUCCAUGAGGCGGUCAACGAUCGCUGGGAGGUCUGUCUUACCAUGAGUGAGAAGGGCUUCCAGCAAGUCAGCUUUGUCAACAGCAUCGCCACUACCAAGGGAGGAAGGCACACAGAGUAUGUGUCAGAGCAGAUUGUGUCCAAGCUGAUAGAGGUGGUUAAAAAGAAGAACAAGGUUGGGGUGAUCGUGAAGCCUUUCCAGGUGAAGAACCACAUGUGGCUGUUUAUUAACUGCCUGAUUGAGAACCCAAGCUUUGACUCCCAGACCAAGGAGAACAUGACUCUACAGCAGAAAAGCUUCGGCUCCGCAUGUCCACUCAGCGACAAGUUUUUCAAGCAGGCUGCCUCUAGUGGGAUCGUGGAGAGCAUCAUGAACUGGGUGAAGUUCAAAGCUCAGACCCAGCUCAACCAGAAGUGCUCCGCUGUCAAACACACUAAGAUUAAGGGAGUUCCCAAGCUGGAUGACGCCAAUAGCGCAGGUGGUAAGAACUCCUCCUCCUGCACCUUGAUUCUGACUGAGGGAGACUCGGCCAAGACCCUGGCCGUGUCCGGGCUUGGUGUGGUGGGCAGAGACCACUACGGGGUCUUCCCUCUCAGGGGAAAACUUCUCAACGUCCGGGAGGCCACGCACAAACAGAUCAUGGAGAAUGCAGAGAUCAACAGCAUCAUCAAGAUCCUCGGGCUUCAGUACAAGAAGAACUACAGCGACCCUGAUUCGCUGAAGACCCUGCGCUAUGGCCGGCUCAUGAUCAUGACAGAUCAGGACCAGGAUGGGUCUCACAUCAAGGGACUUCUGAUCAACUUCAUCCACCACAACUGGCCCUCUUUGCUGCGCCACAACUUCCUUGAGGAGUUCAUCACCCCCAUCAUCAAGGCCACUCACAAGAAGGAGGAGCUGUCCUUCUACAGCAUCCCUGAGUUUGAGGAGUGGAAGGAUGCCCAGUCUAACAUCAAAUCUUGGAAAGUCAAAUACUACAAAGGUUUGGGUACCAGCACUUCGAAAGAGGCCAAGGAGUACUUCUCUGACAUGCAGAGACACCGCAUCCCUUUCAAGUACGCCGGGCCUCAAGACGAUGAGGCUAUUACCCUGGCCUUUAGCAAGAAGAAGAUUGAAGAGCGUAAAGAGUGGCUCACCAACUUCAUGGUCAACCGACGCCAGCGCAAAGAACACAAUCUACCUGAGGAAUACCUGUAUGGCAAGGCCACCAAGUGUCUGUCCUACAAUGACUUUGUCAUGAAGGAGCUGGUGCUCUUCUCAAACUCUGACAACGAGAGGUCCAUCCCCUGUCUGGUUGACGGUCUGAAGCCAGGCCAGAGGAAGGUGAUGUUCUGCUGCCUGAAGAGGAACGACAAGCGGGAGGUAAAGGUCGCCCAGCUGGCUGGCUCUGUGGCUGAGAUGUCAGCCUACCAUCACGGAGAGAUGUCCUUGAUGAUGACCAUCAUUGGUCUGGCCCAGAACUUUGUGGGCAGCAACAACCUGAACCUGCUGCAGCCCCUGGGCCAGUUUGGGACCCGUCUGCAUGGGGGCAAGGACUCUGCCAGCCCUCGAUACAUCUUCACCAUGCUCAGCUCUUUGACGCGUCUCCUCUUCCCCCCCGUCGACGACAACCUGCUCAAGUACAACUACGACGACAACCUCCGCGUGGAGCCCGAGUGGUACAUGCCCAUCAUCCCCACCGUGCUGGUGAACGGCGUGGACGGGAUCGGCACGGGCUGGGCCACUCGCAUCCUCAACUACAACGUCCGGGAGAUUGUCUGCAACAUCCACCGCCUGAUCGACGGGGAGGAGCCCCUGCCCAUGAUUCCCAGCUUCAAGGGCUUCAAAGGCACCAUUGAACAUCUGGCGACAAACCAGUAUAUGAUUAGUGGAGAGGUGGCCAUCAUAGACUCCACCACCAUCGAGAUCUCUGAGCUGCCUGUGAAGACUUGGACACAGACCUACAAGGAGAACGUUCUGGAGGCCAUGUUGAACGGCACCGAGAAGGUGGCCCCCCUGAUCACAGACUACAAGGAGUACCACACGGACACCACGGUGCGCUUCGUGGUCAAGAUGACCGAGGAGAGGCUGAGGGAGGCGGAGGCAGCGGGCCUGCACAAGGUCUUCAAGCUGCAGAACCCCUUCACCUGUAACUCCAUGGUGUUGUUUGACCAUGUGGGCAGUCUGAAGAAGUACGAGUCCGUGCAGGAGGUCCUGAAGGACUUCUUUGAGCUGAGGAUGAAGUACUACGUUCUCCGGAAGGACUGGCUGCUCGGCAUGCUGGGAGCCGAGGCCGCCAGGCUCACCAACCAGGCCCGCUUCAUCCUGGAGAAGAUCGAGGGCAAGCUGGUCAUUGAGAACAAACCAAAGAAGGAGCUGAUCCGCAUGCUGCAGCAGAUGGGUUAUGACUCAGACCCCGUCAAGGCCUGGAAGCAGGCCCAGGAGAAGCCGGAGGAGGAGAAUUUGGAAGAGGAGGAGGAGGAGAAGGAGGACAACACCGGGCCAGAUUACAACUACCUCCUGAACAUGCCCAUGUGGUACCUCACUAAGGAGAAAAAGGAGGAGCUGUGCAAGCAGAGAGACAGCAAGAUAACUGAGCUAAACACCCUUAAGAAGAAGAACCCAGCUGACCUGUGGAAGGAGGAUCUCACGCUCUUUACUGAGGAGCUGGAGCGCGUGGAGGAGAGCGAGAAGGACACUGGCCCCGUGCUCCAAACUAAGGGCAAGACGGGCCGGGGUAAGGGCGUGAAGGUGAAGCAGGAGACUCUGCCCACACCACAGGGACGCCGGGUCAUCCCACGCAUCACCAGCGCCAUGAAGGCUGACGCCAACAAGAAGGCCAAAGGGAAGAAGAUCAAGGAGGAGGUGGUGAGGCAGAUGGAGUUCAUGGACGAGGGAGAGGAGAAUGGGGAGGAGGCCAGCCUGGCAGCACGGCUCACCAAGAAGCCCAGGGCUCCUGCCAAGGAGAAAGCAGCCGCUAAGUCGGGUAAACAGACGACUCUGCAGUUCAAACCCAUGGAGGGCAAGGUGAAGAAGAACCCCUGGUCUGAUGACUCGGCCUCAGAGAUGGAGGAGGAGGCAGGACAGGGGCCAGUCGUGGCUCCCAGGGAGAAGGUCGAGCGCAAAACCAAAAGUGCGGUGAAGUACAGCCUGUCCAGCAGUGAGGAUGAGUUUGACAGCGCCCCCAAGAAGAAGGCAGCUGCCAUCAGUGAUGAUGACGGUGACAGUUUCGUCCCAGAGCCCAGUGCAGCCUUUGACAGUGACGUGGACUCCCCAGCCCCUCCCCUCAAAGCACCUAAACCAACGAAGAAAGUGGUGAAGUCAACAGUCAAGGAAGCUGAAAGUAACUCCAACUCUCAGUCAGAUGAGGCCCUGGUGGUGUCCAAGCCUCCAUCCAAGCCCAAGGCAGCUCCCAAGGCUAAAGAGGCUGCCCCAAAGAAGCCUGCAGCUGCUGCCAAGAAGACUGCUGCACCCAGGAAGAAGACCACAGGCGCGAAGCAACCGUCCAUCCUGGAUGCUCUUUCAAAGGCCAAGCCUGUGUCUAAAACUGCCACCAAGAAGGUCCCCUCUCUGGACACUAGUGACUCUGAGGAAGAGGCCAAGCCCCAGGCGGCUGCCCGGAAACGCAAACAGGACAGUGACAAUUCUGACAGCAGCUCAGGUGACCUCAUGUCUCGCCUCAAGGCCAAGAAGACCACCACGAGCAAGAAAGCCAAGACGUGGGAGGAUGAGGAUAGCUUCCACGUUUCAGACAUCGAAAUUGCAAGUGUUGCACCCAGAAGUAAGCCAGCUCGUGCUAGGAAGCCAGCCACCUACAAACUGGAGUCUGAUUCUGACGAAGAGUUUGGAUUUUAGAGAGCUACUCUAAUCUCAAACUGUGUCUUAUGUGGUCAGUGUCUCCACAAGGAAGUUCUGUUUUAGUUUUUUCCUCGGUUUUAAAUAUAGUAUUUUACAUCUUGAAAACGACAGUCUGCUAUUUACAAAUAGAUUCUCUACCAUGUCAUCCUGUUUCAGUGGAGAUUUCUGACUAGUUUUAUAAGGCUUACUAACUUCUCUUGCUUCUCAUUUGUGUUGUCUUGUAAAUAUUUUAUUGGAUGUUGUGUUUGAAAAAUAAAGUAUGUUUGUCUAGCUCAA